CGGCUGGGGCAGGGGUCCAUGCGAGUUCUCCCGAUUCCGGCCUUACAGUCUUGGCCACUCCGAGGACCGGGCGUCUCGUGGAGGAAUCUGGUGUCGCUCUUGAGAGGAGCACGCAAAGCCAGAGCUUUAGUGAGGUCUGACGGGGGAGGCCAAACAGGCGUGCCCGAGAUGUGGCCGAGGUGUCUUUCUCUGGGAUGCGUGUUUUUAUCUUGGAACAUAGGGUUGCCUCUGGAAGGCCUCCUUCCUCCAAGAACGCCGCUUGACUUUCUCUGAGACGAGCCCACCCGUCCAGCAAGAUAGAGUCCCUCAGGGUGACGGUUGAUUUCCUGAAGGUGCCCCUCGGCCUGAAGAGGCCGGUGCUGAAGGAGGCGGCUGUGGGGCCCCCCAGAAGGCCCCAGCCCGUGGCCCUGGAGCGCUCCCGGGCCCGGCGUUCGGACGCCAUGGACACCGAGUCCCAGUACUCGGGCUACUCCUACAAGUCCGGCCACUCCCGCAGCUCCCGCAAGCACAGAGACCGCCGGGACCGGCACCGCUCCAAGAGCCGCGAGGGGAGCCGCGGCGACAAGUCCGUGACGAUCCAGGCUCCGGGGGAGCCCCUGCUGGACAACGAGUCCACGCGAGGGGAUGAGCGGGAUGACAACUGGGGGGAGACGACCACAGUAGUAACGGGCACCUCAGAGCACAGCAUCUCCCACGAUGACCUCACGCGCAUCGCCAAGGACAUGGAGGACAGUGUCCCGCUGGACUGCUCCCGUCACCUGGGUGUGGCAGCGGGGGCCACGCUGGCGCUGCUGUCCUUCCUCACGCCUCUGGCUUUCCUGCUGCUGCCCCCGCUGCUGUGGCGGGAGGAGCUGGAGCCCUGCGGGACGGCCUGUGAGGGCCUCUUCAUCUCUGUGGCCUUCAAGCUGCUCAUCCUGCUGCUGGGCAGCUGGGCCCUGUUCUUCCGGCGGCCCAAGGCCUCGCUGCCGCGCGUCUUCGUGCUGCGCGCACUGCUCAUGGUGCUGGUCUUCCUGCUCGUGGUGUCCUACUGGCUCUUCUACGGCGUGCGCAUCCUGGAUGCCCGCGAGCGCAGCUACCAGGGCGUCGUCCAGUUCGCCGUGUCGCUUGUGGACGCCCUGCUCUUCGUGCACUACCUGGCCGUGGUCCUGCUGGAGCUACGCCAGCUGCAGCCCCAGUUCACGCUCAAGGUCGUGCGCUCCACCGACGGCGCCAGCCGCUUCUACAACGUGGGCCACCUCAGCAUCCAGCGAGUGGCCGUGUGGAUCCUGGAGAAGUAUUACCAUGACUUCCCUGUCUACAACCCCGCCCUCCUCAACCUGCCCAAGUCCGUCCUGGCCAAGAAAGUGUCUGGCUUCAAGGUGUACUCCCUCGGAGAGGAAAACAGCACCAACAACUCCACGGGCCAGUCCCGGGCGGUGAUUGCGGCGGCUGCUCGGAGGCGGGACAACAGCCACAACGAGUACUACUAUGAGGAGGCAGAGCACGAGCGGAGGGUGCGCAAGCGGCGGGCCAGGCUCGUGGUGGCGGUGGAGGAGGCCUUCACUCACAUUAAGCGGCUGCAGGAGGAGGAGCAGAAGAACCCCAGGGAGGUGAUGGACCCCCGGGAGGCGGCGCAGGCCAUCUUUGCCUCCAUGGCCCGGGCCAUGCAGAAGUACCUUCGCACCACCAAGCAACAGCCCUACCACACCAUGGAGAGCAUUCUCCAGCACCUGGAGUUCUGCAUCACCCAUGACAUGACGCCCAAGGCCUUCCUGGAGCGGUACCUGGCGGCCGGCCCCACCAUCCAGUACCACAAGGAGCGCUGGCUGGCCAAGCAGUGGACGCUGGUGAGCGAGGAGCCGGUGACCAAUGGGCUCAAGGACGGCAUCGUUUUCCUCUUGAAACGCCAGGACUUUAGCCUGGUGGUGAGCACCAAGAAGGUCCCCUUCUUCAAACUCUCCGAGGAGUUUGUGGAUCCCAAGUCGCACAAGUUUGUCAUGAGGCUGCAGUCUGAGACCUCGGUGUGACUGAGCCGCAGGGCCGGGGGCGCGGGCCCCUGCGGGCAGGGGGCGGGC